AUGACGGAUACCGGCGUUGCCUCUGAGCAGAACAAGAGAACUGCUGCUGCUGCCGCCGCUCAGCGAUGUCUGGAUUCAUUCAACGAAUGUCUCCUACAUGCAUCGUCUAUCCACGGUUGGCUUAUCCACGAUAGGUUGGAGGUCCAAGUUAUGAUAUUUUCCACUUGGACUACUGAUACUAGAGCUUUUGCUCCUGGGCAAGCGUCGAUGGACCACCGGCUUCGAUACGCCCCCGAGGUGCACAAUAGGAUCAUAGACUUGUUAGAGGCAUUGAACUGCCACAUUCAGAAGCUCUUGAAAGUCCUUCGUGGGCAGCUACCGAGCGGAGAAACACACAUCGCAAGCGUCCUCACCGAAGAGCUAGGCGUGUCUUCAGGUCAUAUUGCUGCCGAGGUCAGGCGUCUCAACAAAUCGUCAAAGAUGAUUCGCAAGGCUAGCCAAGAAUCCCAAAGCAUUCACGCGAAAGCCGUUCAGAUCACAGACGAAGAAGAAAAUUAUGCUGAGCCACCACAGCUUAGCCGUUUGAAACGCUAUUUCGCCGAACGGUUUCCCAAUGCUAGCGUCGCUCUUCAACAGGAACUCGCUGAAGCACUGAUUUCCAAAUCAGAGGAACUUCUACAUUGGGAAUCCCCAUAUGAACUCGCACCUACCCAGUUACAAUACCGGGAUCUCAAGGUCCCAACAACUCUACAGCCCGAGAAGUUCAAAAUGGCCGCUUCGAGCUCAUCCCCCGUUUCAGACACCAUGAUGGUAGCGUUCGACAACCAUGAAGCUCUUCUUUCUCCAACAGCGCCCAGGCCCAAAACCAAGAGAAGUUUCGCGCAGUUUGAGUCAGAGCAGCUGGAGGUUCGUCGAGCUUUGCUCAGAAAGGUUUAUGAGUCAUCCUCGGCUACUAAUCCAAAAAUCUACCUUGACGUUGAAAUGAGAGAUGCACAAGAUAGCUCUUCCUCAAAGGAGCAGCUCAGUCACAUUCUCAAGUCAGACGUUCCGGCCACUUGUGAGAAUUACAUGAACCAUAUGCGAGACGCUCACGAGACAAACCCUGACGGCAAAGAAGUCGACGUCUUGGCCAAUAGCUUCCAGGAGUUGUUUCUACCGCGCCCACCAUGUGAUCAAAACGAGCCGCAAAUCAGUAGCUGUUUGAAGGAUCCCAUAGCUCGCUACUCGAAAUCACCGGCCAGCGGGUCACUUCCAAGGGACUACGACAACAUUUCAGGUGACGUUGCAAGUGAUAAAUAUAGCCCCAACAACUUGCAGCGGCGAAACAGAAGCACUAUCAAUGGUUUGGACAAUGAGAGCAUUCCCAAAUCCCCGCAUGUUACGAAUGAAGACCUGGAUGAUGUAGCUGUGCCAGACACUUUAGCAAACAGCGACGGGAAAGGGUUAGCGGAUGAAUUUCUCAAGAGGGAUAAAACCCAUAGUGAUCCCGUUUGCCAUUCAGGCCAUGUCAUGAUUGACAAGGCAGAGGUAAUCUCUCCAGAAUUGAGUGACGAACAAAUCGGCCAAAAAGUAAAAACACAGCCUGAACACGGGAUCAACUCUAGCUUUGACAUGGAUUCUAACGACAUGGAGAUGGAGGACGUCUAA